CUUUCAAAAUGUUCAUAAUAAUUUUAAAUAUGAAGAUUAUUGGAAUAAUUGUACUUUUUGGUGUUGCAUUAUUAUCAAAUGCACGAGAAGUUUCAAAAAUUGUUGGUGGAAAUGAUGCUCCAAUUGGUUCACGACCUUUUCAAGUAUCUUUAAGAUCAAAUUUAAACAAGCAUUUUUGUGGUGGUGUAAUUAUCAGCAAAAAAUGGGUCCUAACAGCAGCUCAUUGUAUUAUUGGUAAAUCAGAAUCAUCAGUAAGUGUAGUUGCUGGAACAAAUAGUUUAUCUUCAGGUGGACAAAAAUAUGAAACUGAUUUGUUGAUUGCUCAUGAAAAAUACAAUAGUGCAGUGUUUGCAUAUGACAUUGGUUUAAUUCGUACAGCAAAAAUAAUAAAUUUUUCAACAACAGUUAACUUGAUUAAUUUACCAACAAGUGAUUUUGAUAAAGUUGAUUAUCCAGGUAAAGUAACUGGUUGGGGAACAACAAAAUACGGUGGUAAAGCUCCAGAUAAACUUCAGGAACUUGAUUUACUAAUUAUUUCACCAAAUAAAUGUCAGUCUUAUUUUGAUAUUGUCAGUAAUCAUCACAUUUGUGGAAUGUCUAAAGUUGGUCAAGGUGCUUGUCACGGUGACUCAGGUAGUCCACUUACUUCUGAUGAAGUUGUCGUUGGUCUAGCUUCAUUUGUUCAACCAUGUGCUUUGGGAUACCCUGACGUUUACACCAGAGUUUGGACUUUCAUGGAUUGGAUCAUGACUUUACCAACUUCAAAAAUUGUUGGUGGUCAUGAUGCACCAGAUGGAAAAUAUACUUAUCAAAUAUCACUUCAAGAUUCACGCGGUAAUCAUCAAUGUGGUGGUUCAAUAAUCAACAAUAAAUGGAUUCUAACAGCUGCUCACUGUGUUCAAGGAGCAAUGCCAAGCAAUCUUAGAAUAAUGGUUGGAUCAAGUUCAUUGAUAAAACCAGGUAAAAUAUACAAAGUUGAAAAUAUAAUAAUAAAUGAUUAUAACGAGUAUGAUAGAACAGGUGAUCUUGCACUUGUCAAGACACUUGGUGACAUUAAAUUUGAUGAAUUCGUUCAGCCAAUUAAUAUCACAAGUAAAAAUUACAAUGAAGCUGGUUAUCCAGCUGUCCUGACUGGCUGGGGUCGACUCAAUGCUAAUAAACCAAGACCAGAUCAACUUCAAGAAAUUCAACUACAACUUGAUGAUCAAUAUCAUUGUCGUCAAGUUUGGUCAAUAACUAAUGCUGAAAUUUGUACAUUGACAAAAAUGGGUGGAGGUGCAUGCAUGGGUGAUUCAGGUGGUCCACUUGUUGCUGAUAAUGUUCAAAUUGGAAUUGUCUCUUAUGGUGAACCUUGUGCAAAGGGUAGACCAGAUGUAUUCACACGAAUUUAUUAUUAUCAUGAUUGGAUCCAAGAACACAGUAAAGUGUAAAAAUAUCAUUUUUUUUUUAAUGUGUA